AUGCGGUCCCUCAAGCGCGACAACUCCGGUCUAAUAGUAGCAGCAGGAACGGCACCAGAUAAGAUGUUUAGUAGACGAGGAAACAUACAACGCAGAAAUGAACCUCCCUGCCACCCCAACCAAACAUGGCGUGCUGUCGCAAAGAUAGAGGAUCAUCCGCGCCUUUCCAGUGGCAAUUUGAGCAUAGAUCUUCAUUCCGUCAACCAUCCUCGGGCCGCCCGCGGCAUGAAUCAACCAGAGAUUAACCAGAUGAGAUUCAGCGGCACGAAAUUGUGGUGUUUUUCAAAUAGCAUUUCCCUUCGUGAGGGAUUGAAAGAGCAUAAGGGUGGAGGCCUGCUCUGCGCAGUUGGUGGUGGUGACUGUCGUGCAGCAACGGACGACACGAACUACAAAAGUUAUUCGAGGAGGAACACACGAGGGCGACGGGGUCACGAUGACAUCGAACGAACGAUAGACUCGGGCACUCGAGAUACAAACCACAUACCUCUGCCUCCAAACCGUAUUCCGGGGUAG